GUGCUUUUGAUGUUUCCUUUUAACUUUUUUCAAGCAACACAUAAAUAACGAUAGAUUUCUUGGCUUCUGGGUAUACAGUUGGGGGAUUCCAUGCAAACUGCAUCAAAAUCAGGUCCAUGGAAAAAGAUGCUUCGAUCCAAGGAUGCGAAUUUUGUUGGCUAUACAUACAAGAAUUAUGAAAUUGUCAACGAGCAUCAUAUCUCUGGCAUUGCUGAGUUGAAGAAAAAGACUAAAGCCAAAAAACCAUCUCUCAUGUCAUUGUUUGAGACGCCUGAUCGUUCUGACCAGCCAGUCCAAGUAAGCUCUCUCAAUCCCUUGCCUACGCAAUUUGAGGUCUCUGAAAGUCCUGAGCCCCAACAUCAGACUACAAAAUUCUCCCAACGUCUACAAAAGCAUGGGCAAAGAUAAAACUGAAACCGUACGAAGAAACACUGUUGCCAAUUAGUAAUAGAACAUAUCUAAAAUGUGUUUAAAAAUUUAAAUGCAUCUUUGUUUCAUUGUUUCGUAUUAGGCUAUAGCAUGAAUACGUUGAAAAACAGAAUUUGAGUUUUAUUUGUAACAUGUAAAUUGUUGGGUGGUUAAACUGGCUCCUCUUUUGUUUUUGUUU